CCAGACAUGGCCGAAACGAUCACUCUUGGUGGAUGCUGUUGAUCGUUGCGCUAAAUGUGGUAUUAGUUGAAACGAGCGCGGCGGCUGACGAACAACACGUUGGGGCACACAUUCGUCGUAUGCGUAGUCGAGUAAGAAAAAGUGGCAGAACGUGUCGCGUCGCUUCGCAUCAGAUCGCAUCAAUUAUAUUGAUCGUAACGUGGUACAUCGCAUCGCAGAGCAACGCAUCGAAUCGAAUCGAAACAGAUCAGAGCUCAACAUUGUCGUACGUACUAACAACAUACUUACAAACAUAUAUACUCAUACAAAGAUUGAACUUCAAAUAAUGAGUGCUUGAAAAAGAAAAUAAACACUAAAGUGCGGUAAAAAUAAAAAAAAGUUGUGGGUGUUAAAAUUUGUUUUUGCAUUUCGCCACCUUUUUCGCACGAUUUUCAAACUUUGGAGGUGUUUGUUUAUGUGUGUGUGCGUUUUUGUUCUUUUUUAUGCAUUUGACUUCAUAGAAACUGUGUUUGAGCUUUGCUCGAACGUUGUGUGAUGGUGAAGGGCUUUUAGCAUUUGACAUACGCGUUUAAAUGCCAACGGUGACAAUAACACGGAUAAUAGACAUAUUACAUAUUUGAAAGAAAUAUUUUACGUAGACUCCGCGCCGAUAGUAGAACUGGUCUUUUUUUUGGCUGUAUAACGCUUUGAACCACAAAAAAGACAAUCAAACAUUGUGGCAUUGCUAUGAUAAGCGCACCUUAAGCUUAUUGUUAAACAUAAGCAACACCGAUCAAUAGUAUGACCCUAGAGGUAAGCAAUCAAUAAGCGUGAGUUUGGCUAUCAAGCUUGUUAGUACCUCUGUCUCUAACGAAAACCGAAAUUAGUGCAAAAUAUUUGAAUAAACAAAAAGUGAAGUGCAAGCUAAACUUCUUAACAGAAAAAAAUAUUACGAAAAGUGCUAAUAAAAUUUAUUACUGCCAAGUGAAGUAUAUGAAUAGGCAGUGGCAAGCCAAACUAACGCAACGAAGAAGCAGAAAGUGAUUUUUUAAGCCCAUAUUUGUAUAUGUACUUAAGUACAUACAUACUUACAUUAAGAAAUUGAACGCAACUACAACAAAAAUAACAAUUUAUACCGGUAAAAGCUACACAAUUUUGCGCUUGGAAUUCCCCGAAGCGGUUUAAAGAAAAUUCCAUAAUUAUUUAGUGACAUAGGCAAGCGCAAAACUAUUAACUGGCUUACAUAUGGAUCCAGAAAAUCAGUGCCCGCAAUACGGCGAAGUGAAUCAGCUUGGCGGCGUAUUUGUGAACGGACGCCCACUGCCGAAUGCGACGCGCAUGCGCAUUGUGGAGUUAGCACGCCUCGGCAUACGACCCUGCGACAUUUCCCGCCAGUUGCGUGUUAGUCAUGGCUGUGUUUCGAAGAUAUUGGCGCGCUACCACGAGACCGGUUCCAUUCUCCCAGGCGCUAUAGGCGGCUCGAAACCGCGCGUCACCACACCGAAAGUAGUGAACUACAUACGCGAACUGAAGCAGCGCGAUCCUGGUAUUUUCGCUUGGGAAAUUCGUGAUCGCCUGCUGACUGAAGGCAUCUGUGAUAAGACGAAUGUGCCGAGCGUUAGUUCCAUAUCGCGCAUACUGCGCAAUAAGCUUGGCGCUAUUGGGCAUCAUCAUCACAACUCAGCGGUGGCCGCGGCAGCAGCCGCUAAUGGCACAAAUUCUUCACCACACCAUCACGCACAUCCCCAUGCACAUCCGCACAGUCAUCAUCACGCAUCUGCGCACAGCACAGGUGUCUCGACGGUGGCCACAGUGGCGCAUCAUCAACAUGCUGCCGCCGCCGCUGCUGUGCAUGCGCACCCCCAUCUCUACAAUUCCAUUUAUCAGCCAUACAGCGCGUACAGCAUGAAAACGGCGGUAUCGUGUGGCAGCCCCUCGCCCCCUCAGGCCACACAAACCAGUCAUCAGUUGCGCACCGCGGCGGCGGCAGCUGCUGCAGCGCAUUGCUGGCCCUCAUCGCAUUCUGUGAGCGACAUUUUGGCGCAUCAUCAAGCGGUUGCGUUGCGCGCCAGCUGUCAGGUAGGCAAUACAAUGGGCGCGCUGCCCACGGGACUGCCGAUGACUGCUUCACCGGUGGGUGGCGCUAUGAGCACGGGCGCGCAACAACUUAUGGGCGCUGAAGAUUGCGACGGCAUGGCGAACAGCGCGGCGGCAGCAACACAAGUCGCUGUGGCAGCGGCUGCGGCGUCGCAGCAGCCCUAUAACUACUAUAUGUAUUUCCAGAACACUGGUAUGCAUCAUCAUCAUCACGGUGGCAUGAUGGCGGCAGGUGCAACAGGGUUAUGAGAAUUGCAUUAUGGCGAUGGUAGAAUAAGCAGGAAACAGAUGUAGGAAAAGCGUCUUUAGCAGAGUUAAAAUUUGAUAUGCUAGCUGAUUAAAAGUAAUUACAUAUGUAUUAAUCUAUAAGCAUAUAUAUAAUUUAGAAGGAGAUUAACAAAUAAAUCAUCAAUUUUUAUUUUAGCUUUUAGAUUUUUAUAUAUUAUUUUUAAUAGUGUGGAUUUGUAUAACGUACUUGUAAUCAUGCAUAUAUGUAAGUGUAUGGGUGAUAUGCUAAACAUAAUUUAGUUAGCGAUUUAUAAAUAAAAUACUUAAAGCCGAAAAUAUCCAAACAUCCAGUAAACAGUUCGUUCCGCGUUUAUUUACCACUCACUCGUCGCAAUUUUUAAUCAAACUAAAAUUUACGCCUAAAAGUAUGCUACGUUCAGUUUCACUCAUUUUUGCAAACUCUAGCAUACAUAAUUAUAUAUGUAUGUAAGUUCAAAUAUAAUAUAUGAUAUAAUCUGACAUAGCUGCUUCAAAUAUAACUCUUUUUUUUUGGAUUAUCAGUGUUUUGCUAAUAUUUAAUUUUACAGAAAAUCAUAACCGAAUAUGAACACUUGGAGUACAUUGGCAAAAUAUUCGUUCAUUUGAAAUAUCUUUUUAUGAGAUCUAAAUAUAAUUUAUAAAUAAAACAAAAAUAAACAAUAAAAUGGUAGUAUAUAUUAUGCGUGCAUAUUAAACAUACUCACGCAUACAUACGCAUGCUUCUUUUGUUAUAAUUGAAUGUAUGUAUACGAGUAUUUAUUAAAGUAUCAAAUUAAAUAAUUUUACAUAUUUCAAAUAAAAGUAAUUUUUAUAGGCAAUAUUUUAAAGAACAAAGUAAAUGAGUAUUCCAAAUAAUAUAUAAAGUAUGGAGAUUAAAAUUAGUUCGAAGUUUGCUUAAAUGAUUUUUUUAUUUCAAACAUUUUUUGCUCGACUUUUAAAUAUUUCCUUUAAAUUAUUCAAAUUAAAUGUAUUUUGAUUUCAUAUAGUGUCUUUUGUAAAUUAAUUAAGAUGUUUAAUUGUUUUAUAUGAACAUACAUGUAAAUAUAUAUACGUAUGUAUAUACUACAUCUAGAAAAAACAUGCCAUAAAUGAAUUAAGCAAUUAUAAAUAUAUUUAUUAGAAUACUCUAAAUUAAAUUGUAAACCAGUGAAUUUUUAAGAAUAUGUAAUUUGGUUGUAUGCCACACAUUUAUAAAUUUUAUAAGAUAAUUUUUUAUUUUUUAAAUAAAACAAUCAUAAAACAUUUUGCAUUUGUUAUUUAUUUUUCGAAAGUUCAGCCGCAGCAAGAUAAUUUAAUUUCAAAUUUUUUGUUCUUUUCUAUUUUCUUUCAGAUAAAUAUUUUGCUAUAACAAAAACAAUAAAACCAAAAAAAUACUUUAACCUCGGUUGCACUGAAACUAAAAUACCCUUCACAAUUAUUUAUGUAUGUCAUAUAAGAACUUUGACAGUUCAGUUUGUAGGACAACUAUACAUAUGUAUACUAAAGUAGUCCGAUCUGAAUGAUUGCCUUGGACAAUAAUCCAUGUUGAAUUUCGUAAACAUGCUUCAUCAACUAAACAAUUUUUCAACACAAGGAUAUUAUUUUUAUCCUUCGUAUAACAGCUAUACGAUAUAGUGUUCCGAUAUUGACAGUUCCGACAAAUGAACAGUGUGAAAAAUUGUAUAUACCCCAUACCUCAAAAACUGAGGAACUAUUUACAUAAGUAUAUAUACUCGUAUUUUAUAGGGUCUUCCUUCAACUUCUGAGUGUUAGAUACUUAAAACACCCUAUUCAGUUUACUAAACAAUAUAAGCUAGUAAAUAAUUAUUUAUUUUAUGAAAAAUACAAACAGUAA